AUGCCUUGCCCUGCUAUAUCGUAUUAUGCCCUUCUCUUCGCCGUCUUUCUCUCUCAAGCCACAGCCUGGAUCCACAACACCCCAAAUGUGUACCUCAUCCGCCAUGGCGAAAAGUCGGGCCUCUCCAAAGACCGCGGGCUAAACUCGGAGGGCGAACUGCGCGCGGAAUGCCUACGUAACAUAUUUGGAGCCAACUCCACCUACGACAUCAAGUAUAUCCUCGCGCCCAAAUUCAACAAGCAAGGCUAUCACCGCCGCUCCUACGACACCGUCCACCCACUCGCCGAAGACCUCGGCCUUUCCAUCGACACAUCCUGCAAGCGGAACAAGCCCGGCUGUCUCGUAAAGAGAAUCAAAGCAUACCGCGGCCCAGGCAACAUCCUCAUCUCCUGGCGCCACAGCAAAAUCAGCGCCAUCGCAAGCAAGCUGGGCGUGGACGAGGUACCGGACUACCCGGAUGAGCGGUUCGACCUUAUCUGGACGAUGGUCUAUCCGUAUGAGAAUGUCACAUCGGUAGAGAGUGAGAAUUGUCCGGGUUUGGAUGCGCAGUCUGUGUUGCGGGUGCAGGUCUGA